GCGCGACUUGAGGUCGGGGAAAAAAGAAGGAACAGAGGGAUGAUAUGAGAAUUAAUUCUUUUUGGCUCCGCCAAAACCAUCUCUGCGCCCCUGCCAUUUACCACUGACCGGUAGUCGAUCGGAGCAGAAUCGAAGUCCCAAGUUUUCAACGGCGAAUCUCUUCUCAAACAACAAUGGUGAAGGUCGUCGUAGGAGACGAAAACCAACUCAAAUUGGCCGAGGACCGCCUUACUCAAUCUGGUUUCACCGCCCAGGUCGGCCUGGUGAUCGGCAAGCUCAGCUCCCCGUUGGACCGAGGCUUCGUCUUCGAUUUAGUCCCCACUCCGACGAACGACGCCGGCGAGCCAGCCUGUUCCGUCGUCGAGACCAAAGAUGACAAGAAAAAGGGCGGUUCCAAAUCCAAAUCGCAGGUCUCGGAUGCUUCCACCUUGUUCAUUGACACUGACUGGGUCGCCGAGCACGCUCGCCAGGUUUCGAGAAUGUUAGUUGGCGGGAUGAAUGUGGUGGGAGUUUAUGUCUGGGUUAGUGAUACCUCAUUCAAGAACUCAACUAUUACCCUUUGCCAGCUUUUGCAGACAGUGAAAGGAGUGGCUGAAGCCGCACCUAUUCUAGAAGGAGAUUGGGAUGAAAGACUGCUUAUUCACAUAUCUUAUAGCCCAAGGAGGUGGACAUGUCGGAAUUGUAUGCUGUCUUCAAGUAUCACAUCAAGCAGCAUACGACCCUGUGAUUUCAAAAUGGGGAAGGUCUUAAGCUCCAUGCAGAGAUUUAGGUGUAUUUAUAACUUCGAGCUCAGAUUACCUAUAUCCCAUGAACAUGAAUCAACGGCUUCAACGCUGAGUGCGAUUCUUCGGUAUGGAAUCUCAACACAUGUGAAAGAGCUAAGAGGUGCAAAGGCUGUAAUUGAUGGAAAAUUGAUCACAAACGAUGAGCCAUGCACCACUGACACUUUACAUGAAGUUGAAUUGCUUCUUCCAUUCCUGGAAUGUGACCCUGCUACUGAAGCAUGCAGUCAGAAAAAUGUAGAUGGUCUUCUUGUUUUUGGUGGGUCUGUUUGUUCAUUCACGUAUCUGAACAACAAAGAGCCGGUUUCGCAGGCAGUUGCUGAUAUAAAGUUUGACAUAGUCAGGAGUCUGCAAAGCAGGUUGGACAUCUUAUGUGAUGAAGCAGAUCAAGAACUUGCUGCAGAAGAUGAAGGCACUGAGGAAGCAAGCCAAGACAGACUGUCUCAUAAACCUGUUUCCAAACUUGCCCUUCACUCUUUAAGGAAAACAUGCCAUCUUGCAUUCCCUCGAAGAGUUUUCAUUCCAUGGUUGGGUGAUAUCUACAUUUGUGACUACCUACAACCAUCAGAGACACUUGAGGUCAUAAAAGAUCACUGUGUGGAGUUGAUGUCCAUGCAAGCCCCAACUGAUGCCUCAACGUUCUUCCAGCCAGAAGUGGAAGCUCCAUCGGUGAUCUCCAAAUCUUUCUGGGAUGUUUCAGUGGCUGGCAAUUCGAAUAAUUCUUCUUCUAGCAAGAGCAGAGAAGUCGAUGAUGCAAGUCCAGAAAGUAGCAACAGACAGCUGAGGAAGACCGUUAACUUCAGUUUCAGCAUGGUGGCAGCUGUCCUCAUCCUGCUUAUGUCUAUCUUGCUAGGUUUUGUAUUCGUCAGGAAAUCAUAGGUAAACGAUUUCGGGUUAUAUACUAGCCACAGGAUUUCUUGUAACUGUUGAUUCGGUGGUGUCUGUGAACGAGGUUUGAAAUGUUUGUUGCAUUCUGUGAUUGAAAACUAUGAUGUGAACAAACGAAAAGAGAAAGUUAUAGAAGGAAAGAAGAAGAGGGAAACGGCAGAAUUAAACUGUGACUUUGUACUUUGUAGUAUAGAUUCUGAAAGGAUGCUCUAGAUUUUGUUUUUUCCUCAACCCUCUCAGUUUAUGUCCAUGGCCUGUUGUAAAUGUGAACACUGGAAUCAUUUUUGUAUCAUGCAAGAAAAGUACUACAGUUUGAGUGCAAGAAAAUUAGCC